AAAUAAAUUUAAGUUUAUCAAAUGAAAUUGAUGACUUCUUUGACAAUAUAUCAGAGAAUGAGGAAGACUUGACUAGUUUAUUUACUGAAGUUGCUAUAAAUAAAGCAAGAGAAUUACUUAUUUCAAAUUUAGAUAAUGUAGAUAAUGACUCUGAAAGUACUGAUUGGGAUACUGAUUCUGCAUUUACAAUAGCAAGUGAAAGUACAGAAGCAGAGGAUGAAAUAAUAAUACCACAAACUAGUAGUUUAAAUUUGACUCUGUGUGCAUUAAUAGACAUAAUAAAUGGAUCAAUUCAAAGUUGUAGUGAAGUCAAAAAUUUACAAGGACUUGUACAAUUAGUUAGUACAUAA